UACAAUCUUUUUUGAACUCAAAAUGAUGAUAUAAUAUUUGCCUAAUAAAGGAACCCAAGAAAAUGAAAGAGAAAAAGAAAAAGAAGUAGAAAAAGAGAAAGUAAAAGCAAAUAUAGCCAAAGUAGCCAUUGUUUCUCUUCCCUUAAUUUCAAGCUCCUUAGCUUCCUCACCAAAGUAGCCAUUCUUUCUCUUCCCUUAAUUUCUGAAAACUUCUGUAAUAUCCGUGUGUAGUAUUUGUACUCAAAAUUUUCUUUCUUUUUUUUUCUCUUCUUUUUUUUGAAUAAAUGAUUUUGUUGACUGUAGUUUGAGGCUGUCUUUAAUUAAUGAACUACAGGAAUCUCUGUGAUGGCGCAAUUUAAGGGAAGGCAUUAAAAGUGCGCCUUACCCCCUCUGCUUCUUUUUCCUUAUUACCCCACUUCCUCUUAUUCAAUACUUCUUCAGAUUGCUUUUCAAUCUCAAAGUGGAAGAAUUUGAUUAUAUAUAUAUAUAUAGCGAGAGAUUGAGAAAAUGCUUACGUGCAUAGCUCGUUCGAAACAACCGAGCGAUGAUUCGCGUGAUCAUCAACCUGAGAAAUUCAAUUCAAAUUCAGCUCCGGCCAAUAAACAAGCCGUUAAAACACUCACUUCUCAGAUUAAGGACAUGGCAUUGAAAGCAUCAGGAGCAUAUAAGCAGUGUAGUCCAUGUACAACUCAGCCGACGACUCUGCGGAAGAACGGAAGCCAAAACGAGUCGUCGGACUCGGCGUCGUUGGAUAAAUUCCGGUGGUCUUACAAGAGAACAGGGAGUUCGAGUUCGAGCUCGACGGCCGGGAGAAAGGAGCUGGAGGCGAGGCUGAAGGGAAUAUCGAGCGGAGAAGUUACGCCGGUGUCGGCGUCGGCGAGUGGCCGGCGAGUUGAACCGGUCGUGUUCGUUGAAGAAAGCGAGCCGAAAGAGUGGGUGGCGCAAGUUGAACCGGGUGUGCUCAUCACUUUCGUUUCGUUACCACGUGGCGGCAAUGAUCUCAAGCGGAUUCGAUUCAGUCGAGAAAUGUUUAAUAAAUACCAAGCUCAGAGGUGGUGGGCAGAGAAUUGUGAGAAGGUAAUGGAGCUUUAUAAUGUCCAGAGGUUGAAUCGCCAAGCUUUCCCCCUGCCAACACCUCCAAGAUCUGAAGACGGGAGUUCAAAAAUUGAAUCCAUCGAAGACAGUCCUGUGACACCCCCGCUCACUAAAGAACGACUGCCCCAUACUUUGUACCGUCCAAUGUAUUCAUCUUCAGAUUCUCUUGAACAACAUUCGACGCAUUCUCGCUAUAAUUAUGACUCUUGUGGUGUCGCCUCAACUCCGAAACUCUCAAGCAUCAGUGGAGCAAAGACAGAGAUAUCAUCUAUGGAUGCCUCUAUUAGGACUAGCACAUCAAGAGAUGUGGAUCGCUCUGGAGAGCUAUCUAUCAGCAAUGCCAGUGAUCUUGAAACUGAAUGGGUUGAGCAAGAUGAGCCUGGAGUCUACAUCACUAUACAAGCGCUACCAAAUGGCAGAAGAGAACUCAAACGAGUCAGAUUCAGCCGAGAAAAAUUUGGAGAAGUGCAUGCCAGGUUAUGGUGGGAAGAAAAUCGUGCGAGGAUACACAAGCAAUACCUGGGAUAGGAGUGCUUGCAAAUAUUGUUAAAUUUCCCUUUUGGUUGCCAAUUUAAGGAGAUGUUGCCUACUUGGGUGUUGCACUUCUUUGGCAACGCCCAAAGUAUAUUCAUUAUAUAUAUGAGAGAGGCAACAUACAGAGAAGAAUCUAAGUUUUGUUACCUUUGUGAACAACCAUCUUGGUUGUUGGACACCAUGUUCUUUCUUUCUUCCUCUUUUUUUCUUUGUUUUAUUUCCUUCGUCUAUAUUAUGGUGGGUUAAAAGGGGAUGGCAAAGAAACUAAAAUCUUUCUUUUGGGUAUAAGAUUUUAAGGGUUGAGAAUUUUGAUGUUGAUUGAAAAAAAGAAGAGAUUUUGAUGUUGGAUAUAUAUGCAAAAAUGUUUAUAUACAAGGGGAAAGUAUCUUUUUGUGUUCAA